CAGACCCAGGGAACACUGCAGCCUGACCAGAAGCAAGAUGCACCCUCAGCAGUUGGUUGUCUCCUGGUUUUCCCUGGUUUUGCUGGCAUCUCCCAUCACGGCUAUAUGGGAACUGGAGAAAAAUGUUUAUGUUGUAGAAUUGGAUUGGUAUCCUGACGCCCCUGGAGAAAUGGUGGUCCUCACCUGUGAUACCCCUGAAGAAGACGGCAUCACCUGGACCUCAGACCAGAGCAAUGAGGUCUUGGGUUCUGGCAAAACCUUGACCAUCCAAGUCAAAGAGUUUGGAGAUGCUGGGCAGUACACCUGUCACAAAGGAGGCGAGGUUCUGAGCCAUUCGCUCCUCCUGCUUCACAAAAAGGAAGAUGGAAUUUGGUCCACUGAUAUCUUAAAGGACCAGAAAGAACCCAAAAAUAAGAGCUUUCUAAAAUGUGAGGCAAAGAAUUAUUCCGGACAUUUCACCUGCUGGUGGCUGACAGCAAUCAGUACUGAUUUGAAAUUCAGUGUCAAAAGCAGCACAGGCUCCUCUGACCCCCGAGGGGUGACGUGUGGAGCAGCGACGCUCUCGGCAGAGAGGGUCAGAGUGGACCACAGGGAGUAUAAGAAGUACACAGUGGAGUGUCAGGAGGGCAGCGCCUGCCCAGCCGCCGAGGAGAGCCUGCCCAUUGAGGUCGUGGUGGAAGCUGUUCACAAGCUCAAGUAUGAAAACUACACCAGCAGCUUCUUCAUCAGGGACAUCAUCAAACCAGACCCACCCAAGAACCUGCAGCUGAAGCCAUUAAAGAAUUCCCGGCAUGUGGAGGUCAGCUGGGAGUACCCUGACACCUGGAGCACCCCACAUUCCUACUUCUCCCUGACAUUUUGUGUUCAGGUCCAGGGCAAGAACAAGAGAGAAAGGAAAGAUAAACUCUUCAUGGACAAAACCUCAGCCAAGGUCACGUGCCACAAAGAUGCCAACGUCCGCGUGCAAGCCCGGGACCGCUACUACAGCUCAUCCUGGAGCGAAUGGGCAUCUGUAUCCUGCAGUUAG